AUGCAACCAUUUGGUCAAACGCAACUUGUACCCAACCGAGGAUACGGUGGAUACAACACCUAUAGCCAUGUGGGCUACCCGCCUCAACAGUAUCACGCCCCAACGCACUACCCGCAGGGGGGUUACUACCAUUCGUACCCCCAGGGGGCUUACAACCCGGUGCACUUCCAGGGAUUUCAAAAUACCGUUCUGGGGCACAUGGGCCGUGGGAGGGCUCCCUACAACGGUGGGCGUGGUGGUGGAGGCUACGGACGUGGUGCCUACGUGGGAGGCACUACCGGUGACCGUGGUCGCGGUGGGUUCGGUCUUCGCGCACGAAAAAAGAAGCCGUUUGUUGGUGGGUCAUUGGAAACACAGAGGCGCUGGGAGAAAGAGACAACUUGCUGCUUUUUUCUCCAAAAGAAUUGUAAAUUCUACGAUGCAUGCCGUUUCCUGCAUGAAGACGAUGGGAGACGACCUUGUCAAUAUGGUGAGCACUGCCGUGUAGGUCAUGCGGAUCGCGUGAAACAGGCCGACGGCACUGCAGAGGCGGAUCGUCACUCUUCCCAUUCAGUAGACGGUCGCGACCAGGCCGAUGGAAAACAUGAUGUGGCUGCCGAAUCCCCCUAA